AUGGCGAGGUACAAGCCUAAGGUGAGCAACGAUCAAGGACAAGACCUAUGUAGAUGUACGAGCUUUCAAAGAGAACACAUAAAUGGUCAGAAGGCAACAGUUUCAUAUUCAGAGGACCAUACUCCACCUGAAAGGUUACAUCUGCAUUGGAAGCCUCCUCCUCCUGGGGUACUUAAGCUCAACACUGAUGAAACUAUAUUUUCAGAUCUUCAUAAGGACGGGGUUGGUGUUAUUUUACGGGACUCAGCUGGGAAAGUCGUUAUUGCUGCUUCUAAACUUGAAUUAGAGAUGGAGGAACCAGAAGCAGUUGAGUUACUUGUUGUUUUUAGAGGAAUGCAAUUGUGUUCCACUAUGGGAAUUUCGCAUAUAGAGAUAGAGAGUGACUGUUUGCUGUUAGUACAAUCUUUGCAGCAAAAUAAUAUGUUGAAUUCCAUGCUUGGUAAUAUAUUUACUGAAGUGCAGAGAUUGAGCAGUUGCUUCACAAGUUGUUCUUUUACUCAUGUGUAUAGAGAGGGCAAUGGGGCAGCUCAUCAGCUUACUAGAAAUGCUUAG